AUGACAAAACAAUUUAACCUUAAUACUGCCGAGUUAAAGAACAAACUUGAGCCUUGGCAAAGAGGAUUAGCUUUAAUUGGCAUUGCUGUUUUCCUUAUUUUUGCCAUCUACUACCUCACUCGCGAAAGCCAAGACCGCCAAGCCCAAAGAAAACUAAAAGCCGAACAAGCCCUAGAAGAAAGAAUGCUCCGAAGAAUGGAAACCUUAAAGAAACUUAGAGAAUAA